AUGGUUUCGUCUGUGGCUCUUUCGCUUACCCCCGAUCCUCCGGACGAAGACGAUAUGGUCUCUCCCGACUCAAAAUCGCCUCCUCCUCUCAUAAGCUCAUCAGCUCCAGCGGCUAUCCCGUCGAUUGAAGCUCCCUCCUUUGCUCAGAGAUUCAAAAACUCACUCAGAAACCUUCGCAAGAUCUCAUCUCCCACUUGUGAGAUAGAUGGGAUUCCGGUGGUUCUCGCUCCAGAUUCGGUGGUUCUUCAAGCCUCUGAGGCCUGGAAAGACCACAUUAUUGCUCAUUUCCAUGGUCGUUGCCCGUCUCCGUCCAAGAUAUACGACGAUUUGAAUCCGGUUUGGGAGGCUUAUGAUCCUCCAGUUAGAGGCAUGGAGGAGUUUCGAAUUUUCCUGGAUUCAAAUGAUCUUAUUGAUCUCAACUGCAGGGGAACUUUCUACACUUGGAAUAAUUCCAGACCGGAGGAUCCUAUUUUGCGGAAAUUAGACAGGGCAUUAGUCAAUCCUGUUUGGCUUCAUCAGUUCCCGGAAUCUCUGGCGAUCUUCGAUCCUCCAGGCGAUUCCGAUCAUUCACCGUGCCUAGUCUCACUAUCUCCUUCAGAGCACUCUGGCAGAAAGAGCUUUAAGUACUUCUCCUUCGUCUCUACACAUUCUGAAUUUCUGCCCCGGUUCCAAGCCUCUUGGAGUCAAUCUGUCGGUACAGGUUCUAAGCUCUUUCUUUUGGGUCAGCGAUUGAAGCUAGCUAAAGAGUGUUGUCGUAGUCUGAAUAGAGAAGGGUUUGGUAAUAUUCAGCAACGUACUAAGGAUGCCCUAGUAGAGUUGGAAAGGAUUCAGAAUGCACUACUCACUGUUCCGACACCAGACCUGGUAACGGAGGAGUCUCAAGCUCGAGAGGUUUGGUCUUUCUUUGCUUCAGCGCAAGAGAACUUUUUCAAGCUUAAAUCAAGAAUUCGUUGGCUUAAAGAAGGGGAUUCAAACACUAGAUUCUUCCAUCGAGCGGUUAUGAACAGACAGUCUUGGAAUGCUAUCCGAUACCUUAGGAACUCCUCGGGUCUUCGGAUCUUCAAUCAGGAACAAAUCAAAGGCAUGACUGUGGCUUAUUUUAAGAAUCUCUUAGGUUCAGAUAACAGGGGAAUUGAGCCGAUGUUAGUGGAUCAGAUUCGCCUCUUGCAUCCUUUCAGAUGCUCUGACUCCUUAGCCUCUGAACUAACUCGUCUCCCAACUGAUGAAGAGAUCAAGGAAGUGUUUUUCAAACUGCCUAAGUCCAAAGCUCCGGGUCCCGACGGUUUCUCCGUGGAGUUUUUUCUAGAUGCAUGGGAGGUAGUUGGAGUAGAUUCUAUUCAAGCUGUUAAGGAGUUUUUCUCCUCAGGGAGAAUGCUUCGGAAGUUUAAUGCUACUACUAUUGCUCUCUUGCCCAAGAUGACAUGA